AUGGUUCCGUAUCACAAAAAAACGCACUCAGACAGUACAAAUGCAUACAGGGUAAAUGUUACAAUUUCAGGACGAACUCAUACCGUGGAUAAACGAUACAGCGAAUGUCAUGCUUUGCAUAAACAACUCAAAAAAACCAUCAGUACUCCAGAAUUUCCUCCCAAAAGGGUCAGAAAUUGGGGAUCCAAGGUUUUGGAACAAAGACGACAAGGCUUAGAAAUCUAUUUACAGGCUCUCAUGGAAUCUGAUAUUUUGCCAAAGUCCUUACUUACAUUUUUAAAAAUCAGCAACUUACCAUCACGGUCCCUGAGCUAUGAUUCUUUAAAUGACUUAGAUGGCGAAACACCAGGGGCCACCCAUCAACCGAUGCUAACCUACGAAGAUGACCCUUAUUUAACGACCAGUACUGAAGACAGUUUAUCAGAUAUAAUAACUGAAGGUGUCAAACAAGGGCUAUAUUUUGAUGAUAACACGCAGUGAUCUCUCGUAAAGAUUGCUUCUAUGUUAACUCCUUCAUUGCUAAAAUAGUUUAUUUUUUAAUCACGAGCGAAUUCUUCUUGGAUGUCAACCUCUGUUUCUGUCUUCUCCAAAAAAAAAAAAAUAUUGAACAGUCCUGUGUAUUUCUUUUGCCCUACUGUAGUAUUUCUCUCUCAGGUAGGUAGUUACAUAUCGUGCAAAUCAAUAACCCUGUGGUAGUGACUCUGUCGUCAGAACUGCACGUGUGUAUCCUUUUGUUUAGUUAUUACCUACAUGUGCGCGAUACUCGUACACAAAUAUGGAUGGCGCAGUAUUAUCGAUGAGUCUCAUACCGUAGUAUGUUAAAGUUGCACUUGGAGAGCUUUCAUAGACUGUUAUCGGGGUAGUGGAACUAUUUGGUGAUGUAUUUGAUAUUCUACAAUUACAUUUUAUCAUGCUCAGAGAGAGGUAUAUUUG